CGCCCGAAGCUGGGGGCGCGGCCGCGCUCCACCAGCCGGGUUGGGAGCGGGCAGGCCCUGCCCUGAAGGGGCGAAGCGGCGGGGAGCGCGGGAGGUGGAGCCGACCCCGGCGGCCGCCCGGCGUCUCUCCCAGCGCCCCCUCCCCGGACUCAGACCGAGGCGAGCCCAGGCCCCUGCCCAUGCGGGGCGCCCCCGGCUCUGUAGAGUCCCCGGGGCAGGGAGCAGCUCCAGGCAGCAGAGCCGGAGGGAGAGGAAGACGGGACUGUGCUCAGCUCCGGCGGCCUGGAUCCUCUCCGUCGCGUUUGGAGGCGGGGGCCGCCCCGAAGUCUGCGCUUGUCACCGCCGCUCGGACUGGGGCAGAGUCGGCUGGGACCCCGACCCGGAACCCCUGCGCCUCGUAGGUGGCAGCACCGCCGCGCCACCCAGCUCUUCCGCGGUGUCCCUCUGCCUGGCGGCAGUCACGGCCAAGAAAGUAUUAUGAGGGAGGCCGAGGACUCCAUGCUCCGGGCAGAGAAACGGCGCUGGGAUUAGGGAUUGCCACUUCUGAGAGGAUGCUGGGAAUCUGCAGAGGGAGACGGAAAUUCCUGGCUGCCUCGUUGACUCUGCUCUGCGUCCCAGCCGUCACCUGGCUUUACCUGUUUGCUGGGAGCUUUGAAGAUGGGAAGCCGGUGUCUCUGUCUCCGCUGGAGUCCCAGCCUCACAGCCCCCGGUACACGGCGUCCAGCCAGCGGGAGCGCGAGAGCCUGGAGGUGCGCGUGCGCGAGGUGGAGGAGGAGAACCGCGCCCUCCGCCGGCAGCUCAGCCUGGCCCAGGGCCACGGCCCGGCCCACCGGCGCGGCAACCACUCGAAGACCUACUCCAUGGAGGAGGGCACCGGCGAUAGCGAGAACCUUCGGGCCGGCAUCGUGGCAGGCAACAGCUCCGAGUGUGGGCAGCAGCCGGUCGUGGAGAAGUGCGAGACAAUCCACGUUGCCAUUGUCUGUGCCGGAUACAACGCCAGCCGGGAUGUGGUCACCCUGGUGAAGUCUGUCCUGUUUCACAGGCGGAACCCCCUGCAUUUCCACGUCGUCGCCGACUCCAUCGCCGAGCAGAUCCUGGCGACGCUCUUCCAGACCUGGAUGGUGCCUGCCGUGCGAGUAGACUUCUACAACGCGGAUGAGCUCAAGUCUGAAGUUUCCUGGAUCCCCAACAAACAUUACUCUGGGAUUUACGGUCUGAUGAAGCUUGUCCUCACCAAGACUCUUCCUGCCAACCUGGAGAGGGUCAUCGUCCUUGACACAGACAUCACCUUUGCCACCGAUAUUGCAGAGCUCUGGGCUGUGUUCCACAAGUUCAAAGGUCAACAGGUCCUGGGCCUCGUAGAGAACCAGAGUGAUUGGUACCUCGGAAACCUGUGGAAGAAUCACCGCCCUUGGCCUGCCCUUGGAAGGGGCUACAACACAGGGGUGAUCCUGCUGCUUCUGGAUAAGCUGCGGAAGAUGAAGUGGGAGCAGAUGUGGAGGCUGACCGCAGAGAGGGAGUUGAUGGGCAUGCUCUCCACAUCCUUAGCUGAUCAGGAUAUUUUCAACGCUGUCAUCAAACAAAACCCCUUCCUCGUGUAUCAGCUCCCCUGCUUCUGGAACGUGCAGCUGUCAGACCACACCCGCUCUGAGCAGUGCUACAGGGACGUGUCUGAUCUAAAGGUCAUUCACUGGAACUCCCCCAAGAAGCUGCGGGUGAAGAACAAGCACGUGGAGUUCUUCCGCAACCUCUACCUGACCUUCCUGGAGUACGACGGGAACCUCCUGCGACGGGAGCUGUUCGGCUGCCCCAGCGAGGCUGACGUCAACAGUGAAAACCUCCAGAAGCAGCUCUCUGAGCUGGAUGAGGACGACUUGUGUUACGAGUUCCGGCGAGAGCGUUUCACCGUCCACCGAACCCACCUGUACUUCUUGCACUACGAGUACGAGCCCACUUCAGACGACACGGACGUCACCCUGGUUGCUCAGCUCUCCAUGGACAGGCUCCAGAUGCUCGAGGCCAUCUGCAAGCACUGGGAAGGGCCCAUCAGCCUGGCCCUCUACCUGUCGGACGCUGAGGCCCAGCAGUUCCUCCGCUACGCACAGGGCUCUGAGGUGCUCAUGGGCCGCCACAACGUAGCCUACCACAUCGUGUACAAGGAGGGCCAGUUCUACCCCGUGAACCUGCUGCGCAACGUGGCCAUGAAGCACGUGGGCACGCCCUACAUGUUCCUGUCCGACAUCGACUUCCUGCCCAUGUACGGACUCUAUGAGUACCUCAGGAAGUCUGUCAUCCAGCUCGACCUUGCCAACACCAAGAAGGUGAUGAUCGUCCCCGCGUUCGAGACGCUGCGCUACCGGCUCUCCUUCCCCAAGUCGAAGGCGGAGUUGCUGUCGAUGCUGGACAUGGGGACCCUCUUCACGUUCAGGUACCACGUCUGGACUAAAGGCCACGCACCCACAAACUUUGCCAAGUGGCGGACCGCCACCACGCCUUACCGGGUUGAGUGGGAGGCCGAUUUCGAGCCGUAUGUUGUCGUGAGACGGGACUGCCCAGAGUACGACCGGAGGUUUGUGGGCUUUGGCUGGAACAAGGUGGCUCACAUCAUGGAACUGGAUGCCCAGGAGUAUGAGUUCAUCGUGCUGCCCAACGCGUACAUGAUCCACAUGCCUCACGCCCCCAGCUUCGACAUCACCAAGUUCCGGUCCAACAAGCAAUACCGCAUCUGUCUCAAAACCCUGAAGGAAGAGUUUCAGCAGGACAUGUCCCGCCGCUACGGCUUUGCCGCCCUCAAAUAUCUCACGGCCGAGAACAACAGCUAGCACCAAGAAGCCCAUCACGAGGGAGGGACGUUCUACGAGGGGGAGAGCCACUUGCUGUUUGGAGCCCAGCCUUCAAACUCGAAUUGAGCGCCGCUUUUUUUGUUUUUCUUUAUUUGUCUCUUUGGUGCAACAGAGCUGCCCUCACUACGGAGAUCCGGGACAAGGAUCCGGCCAGUCCCUCUCUGGCCCGUGACCCGUCACUCCCGGGGCGUGGAAAAUCAGGACCACCUACGUGGUCCCUCCAAGAAUGGGACACAACAGAGGGUGAGGGAGCAAGGGGGUUAUCCUACCGCAAAGGCACACGUCCAGGCAGGCCUUCGGGAUGUUCUCAUUGCUUUUUUUUUUUUU